UUAUUAGGUUUACAGAUUAUCAAUUGGUAGUAGGUAGGUAUUUUAAAUUGACCUUUGCAGUGUUUCGGUCAAAAAUGAUACUGGUGGUAUUUUGUUUAUAUAGCAUUAUUUGUUUUGCCAAUUCAAAUGGAGAAUUUGUAUCAGAUUAUAUCAUUAACAAUGAAAAGUGCCAACUACCGAAUUUUCCACCGUUUUCUGAUGAACUCAAACCAAUUCUGAAAAAGUUACCACCUGUGAAUUGUUCUGUAAGAGACUUACUCACUUAUACAUCGGUGGAAAAUAAUACAGCAUAUUUACAUAUUAAAACUGAAAAUAUUAAUCAAUAUUAUGACGAAAAUGAGAUGGUUAAUUGUUUUUUUUGUUAUGUUAGAAGAUCUGGCAGUGCCGAGGAACCAGAUACUGGAAUAAGCAACUCAGCAUGCACUUUUUUCAACUCAACUGUUAAACUUGAAGAAAACACUAUUGAAGUUGAGUGUAUCGACGAUAGAACCCGAACUGUUUAUAAAAACGUGCACGAAUUGAUAACAGUAUCAAAUUCGAUUAACCACAGACUGCACAAACUUACAAAAACCCUUAAGAAACAAAACAAAAAAGCUUUGAGUGUUUUAUUUGUCGUUAUCGAUGGCAUUUCUAGAAUCAGUUUUGGUAGAAAUAUGGCCAAAACAAAGAAAUUUUUAUUAGAUAAUGAUUUUUCGGAAUUUGUUGGUUACAGCAAAAUUGACGACAAUACUAUUCCAAAUUUUAAUGCCUUGAUUACAGGUCUCGAUUAUAAUCACACAAAAAGUAUCUGCAAACCAGGCGUCACAGGUCAAUUGGACUUCUGCCCUAUGAUAUGGUAUGAUUUUAAAAAACAUGGAUAUGUAACGGCAUAUGCAGAAGAUUGGGCGUAUCUUAACACAUAUGGACACAAUGGUUUUAAAAACCCUCCAACAGAUUAUUAUUUUAAACCUUAUUUCGAAGCAGCGACAGACUUGGGAACAGUUAAGGUCGAUACAGCGCCAUAUUGUACUGGACCUGAAACAGAUGGUGACAGAACUUUAAACCUUGCAAGAGAUUUUACUUCUACGUUUAAAAAUCAACCAAGUUUCGGAAUUUUUUGGAUGAACACCUUCAGUCACAAUCACAUAAACUCGCCUUCGCGGUUUGAUGACAAAAUGCUUAAAUUUUUUGAAGAUUUGAAGAACAACGGCAUAUUUAAUAAUACCUUAAUACUGCUUUUAUCAGACCAUGGAGUACGCAAUGGAAGAAUUAGACUAACACGUCAAGGAUGGUACGAAGAACGCUUGCCCAAUAACUUCAUUUCGAUACCCUCAUGGUUUAAAGAUGAAUAUCCAGAAAAAUAUGCAAAUUUGAAAAUGAACUCAAAAAAAUUCACAAGUACUUUCGAUGUCUAUAUGACUGUACAGGAUGCACUGUCCAUGGCUGUAGAUGAUUAUGAAAUGAAGCCAAGCCAAGGAUGUCCAAAUUGUGCGUCAUUGUUUUCUAGAAUUCCUGAGGUACGCUCUUGUUCUGAGGCUGGUGUUCCAGAAGAAUGGUGCACUUGUUUAGGACUAUUAGAUAACAACCAUCCGGAUUUGACAGAUGAAAUAAAGAAAGAGACAUUGGACUUUAUCAAUAAUUCAGAUAUUAUUUCUAACUUCAGUCCUAAAAUAAAAGAUCUUGUUUCGUUUAGAAUGACGUAUUUCCAUAAACAUGCAUAUAGUGUGGUUACAGUUCAGAGUGAUAGUAUUUUUUAUUUAAUUGUGUUGAGAGGUUCUGAAAGUCCCAUUAAAUUUGACAAAAUAUUAAACCUUAUUACUAUAGGUAAAUCUGAAGAAACUUUUAAUUACAUAUAA